AUGAGUAAUUAUUUUAACUCUUCUUCUAAUGGCUAGAAGAGUUAUUAAUAGUAGUAGCAGUAGCGUAGCUUAUCAUUUUUGUCUUAAUAGAUAGACUAAAAUGAUUAGUAAAAAAGAGGAAUUGAAUAUUAUUUUUCAAAGUAAAAAAAUUAAAACAAUGGCGUUGAUAGAAUGUUAGAUGGUAUUAAAGAAUUUUAGUAUGAGAACAAAGAAGAAGAUAAAAGUUAAAUCACUAAUCAUUCUUUUAAGAGGUAAGGAGGUGCUUAAAUGACUUUGGAUUUCUUUUCUGGGGCUUUACCAAAAAAUACUUCCCAUCUACAAAAUAUCAUAACAUCAAAGUAGAAUACAUAAAAUAGUUAGAAUCAUAGUAAAAGUAAUUAGAACUAUAGCAUAAUUAUUGAUGAGUUUGAAAGAAACAACAAUAGCGAUGAUAAUGAUGAUAUUUCAGAAGUUUAAGAUAUUGGACCAUUUACAAAGAGACCAUAGGCAAAGCAAUAAAUAAAUAUAGAAGACGAUGAUGAUGAUAUUGAUGAUUCAAUAGAAAUAUUACCAGAAGGAGAUUUAACUGCAAACAAUUAAUUGAAAUAAAAUGGAAAUAGUUUACUAUCUUCACUUCUUAGUAGGCAAUAAAAGAACAAUAGUAAUAAUAGUAAUAAUGGAAGUAUUGUUUAGAGGAGCUUGAUGCCUAAUUAGAUUUUUAUGCCUAAACAUUCUAAUUCCUAGGAAAAUUAAUUUGGCUCUUCUAAAGAAAUUUUCAAUUUUUAGAGUAAUAGUCAAUAAAAGAGUUCUCAAGAGGUAAUUUAAGAAUUGGAGUUCUAAAGCAUCAGGGAUAAAUAAACAUAAGAUAGAAAUAUAAAACAAAAAUUAGGAUUAUAGCCAAAUUUAGAUAACAUUAGAGUUUCCAGUAGAUUUUAGCUCGAUCCUGCUUCAUUGAAUGUCAGAAGAUAAGAUGCUUUCAAAUAGCUUGAUAUGUUUAGAUUCACUAAUAAUCCAAAUUAAUUGGAAAACAAAUCACAGCAGGCUAUUUCUUAAACUUAAUAAAUUAUUAAUAUAUAAAAAAACUAAAAUCUAAUAGUCCCCCCUUAGAAUAGGGAUCAGAAUCAAAGCAACAGAAACAAGGAAAUAUUAGAAAACUUUUUUAAAAACGAGAAAAAACCAGCUAUUUCUGAUCAUUUUAACAAAGGGAGGGUAAGAGGAUAAAAUAAUAAAGCAAAUGAUGAUAAUGAAUCUGAAAGAAGUGAAGAUACUUCUUCUGAUGAAGAUGAUAGCAAUUCAGAAGGUUCAGGUAGCAAGAAAAAAAAGAACCAAAAACUUGAAAAUGGCUAAUAUAAAAGAACACAAUUUUAAAUGGAAAGUCUUCAUGCUUAAAGAAUUUUGGAAAAAAGCAGAAAACUUGAAAAAAUGCAUGAAAAAGAAAAAGAAAGAGAAAAAAAGCUUAGAGAAAAGUUGAUAAAUGAGCCAUUGAGAAAAAAGAAGGAAGAAGAAGAAAGGAAAAGACAAGAAAAUUCAAAAAUACAAAGAGAAAAACAACUUUUGUCUAAAAAAAGAUAGUAGAUGCAAGAAUUAAUUAGAUAAAAGUAGCUAGCUGAAUUAAAAAAGAAGACUUAUUAAGAGUUAUGCAUAAAUUAGAAGCCUAAAUAAUUUAUACUACAAUCAUUAGCAAACGACCUUAGCAUACCUUCAAUUCUUAGCGAAGGAUAAACAUAAAAUAAUGAUAAAAAUGAUAAAAACGAGCAAAAUGAUAAAAAAGAUGAAAGUAAUUAACAAUAGGGAAAAACUAAUGUAGUUGAUAUGGCAGCAUAUGAUAAAGAAUUUGAAUUUUUAUUUGAUGAAACUGAAAACCAAGAAGAGAGAAAAAAUUUUUACAGUCUUAUCAAAUUUAUCUUCUCUCAGGACUACAAUAAAGAGGAAAUUAUCAGAGUUGAAAACAAAAAAAUACCCAACAAAUUCAACAGCUGGAAAGAGUAUUAUACCAUAUUUGAAUAUCUCUUUUUGAUGGAAUGUAUUUCUAACGUUCAAUAAGUUUUUUAAUCAUUUAAAUCAAACGAAAAUUACAGACAGCCGUUUAGCUGUUUUGCUAAGUUGAACAAUUUAUCUGAUAACAACCAUGGAUUUAUUGAAUUUACUGUAUAGAGGUCUUCAGUAUUCAAAGACCAAAAGGAAGAUUUAGAAAACGGUGAACUUAAUACAUCAGAAGAUGAUUUUUAUAGAUUAUGCACUCUUAAGAAUCAUGCUGUUUUGAUGUCAAAUUCAAGUGAAUUAGAUUUUACCUAGUUGACUUAAACUGAAUUUAAGAAAAAGAAGUAAUUCUUAUUCUUUGGUUGGGUUGUACCACCAGAGUCUAAUGGUUAAGAUACACUUAAGAUUUAUGCAGACAUUGAUGCCCAGGCAUUUGUGAAAUAAUUUGUUGGAUAUGAUGGUUCUAUUCCAAUAAAAAUAUUUAACUUCUAAAAAAUGACCACAUUCAUUAGAGAAUAUUUGUCUAUAAAAAAUAUGAGAUACAAUGAUAUAAAUAGAUUCAUAUAUAAUCCUCUGAAUAUCACACAAAACAAUACACCAGUUGCUAAUCCAUUUUCUUUAGUUGAUUUCUUUGAAGAGUUGAAAAAUCGAUACAAUGAUUCUUAAUUACAGUCAAUUAAAGAAAUUUGCUUAACUAGUUAAGGUAUUUGCAUGCUUUAAGGCCCACCUGGUACUGGUAAAACACAUACGCUUUUGGGUCUUCUUGCUGGGCUGUAUCACUAUAUUAAGAAGAAUCAAGAUCAUACAAAGCCUAAAAUAAUGAUCUGUGCUCCUUCAAACACUGCAGUAGACGAAAUAGUUUCGAGAAUUAUUGAACAUGACCUUAUUGCACCAGGAGGAUAAAAGGUCAAGGUAAACGUUAUACGUAUAGGUGCAAUAGACUAUGUACCUUCUGAAAAUGUUAAGAAAGCGUGCUUAGAAUAUUAAAUAGAAAGAAAAAUGAAAGAAAUGAAGAUGAAUGGUUAAAUUAAAAAAGGAGAAGAAGAUACUUUAAUAGAUAUGUAAAUCGAAGUUGCAAAAAUUAAUUAGUAAAUUGAAAAAUCUAAAAAAGAAUUAACGGGUUCAGAUUUAUCUGCAGAACUUGAUUUUCUAUUUGAUAAAAAGAGAAAGCUUCAAUCAAAAAUUUCAAUUCUAAAACUAGAAAAAGUUGCAAGACGUGAUCAAAUUAAGAAUAUAUCAGACUAGUUAUUAGGAUUAGCUGAUGUUGUAUGCUGUACUUUGGCUAGUUCUAUGAGCGAAAAAUUAGAGAGAUUUAAAAAUUAAGUAGAAGUUCUAAUAGUGGACGAAGCAGCUUAAUGCACAGAGCCUAACAACAUCAUUCCCCUUUAUUAUUAACCAAACAAAAUGAUCUUAAUCGGUGAUCCUAAACAGUUGCCAGCUACAACUUUCUAACCUGAGAGUAACAUUACGAAGUAUAAUAGAAGUCUCUUUGAAAGAAUCAUUGACAAUAAGAUUAAGCCAUAUUUCUUAGAUUAGUAAUAUAGAAUGCAUCCUAAUAUCAGAGAGUUUCCUUCUAUUUAAUUUUACGAUAAUAAAUUAAAAGAUGGUCCUUCAGUAGCUAAUCGUCCUUUUCCUAAUUAUCUAUAAAGAUUAGAGAGGUUUAAUACUUAAUUUAUUGAUAUUGUUUUCAGUAGAGAAAAAAUGAAUUAAAAGUCUUAUGAAAAUGAAGCUGAAGGUCUGGCUUCUAUUUCAAUAUGUAAUUAAAUUAUAGAUGAAAUCGAAAGAUAGUAAAAAGUCUAACCAGAAAGUAAAGAAACUCUUUCAAUAGGUAUUAUCACUCCUUAUAAGCAGUAAACAAGGCUUAUUAAUGAAUUGAUUCGCAAAUAAAUUCCUAAGUCAUACCAUAAAUUUAUUCAAGUUAACACAGUUGAUUCUUUCCAAGGGUAGGAAAAGGAUAUUAUCAUUUUUACAACAGUCCGUGUAAACAGUAAACAAGAAUGGAGAGAGAAUAUGAUUGGUUUCUUACAAGAUGAAAGAAGAAUGAAUGUUGCUUUAACAAGAGCUAAAUACUGCUUAAUUGUUUUAGGUCACGCAGACACUCUUAAUUCCAACCCUGUUUGGGGAGCCUUUGUAGAUUUUAUGGCAAAAAAUAACAGGUAUGGCAAAUUUAGAAACAAAGAUUAGAUUAGUGAUAUCGGUAAAAUGGUACUAAAAGGCUCUUUGUUAGAGAGCUCUUCUUCGGUUUAUGUGAAAAAAGAUUGGGGAGAGCAAUAUCAAGAGAUGAUACAAAGACAAAACUAAGUUAAUGAACUGAAAUUGACUGAUUUUGAGCCUAUACAAGUUGAUGAAAAUAACGACGAAGAAAAAAUGUAAAUAGAAAACGAAAUUUAGACGGAAUAGUAACCAGAAAAUAAGCAAGAUAAUAACAAUAAAGAAGGACCUAAUGAAUAGAUUAAAUAAGACGCACCUAUUGUUAAGUAAUCAUAAGAUUUAAUAAUUAUUUCAGAAACUCUAAUAGUGGAUAAAAAAAAUAGCAAUUUAUUAGAAAUCAUAUAAGAACCUGAAGACUUUGAUUAAUAAAAGCAAUAAAAGGCUAAGAGGACAGGUAUUUCCUUUUAAGAAGCUCUCUCUGUCUAGCAGGAAUAAAUGCAAAUGAAUAGCAUGAAAGGAAAUGGCUUAGCUAAAUUAAGUGCUUUGAUUUCUCAACCUUAAAAGGAGAAGAAGUAGGAAGAAGAGAAGUCACCAAUAAUAUUUGUUAAUAAGCUUGAAGAUCUUAAAAAAGAAGAAGAUCCUUAAAAUGAUUUGCUAAAAAAGAUAUUUGUGCCACAAGAUAAAAGAUAAGAACAAGAACAGAAAAAGAACUUGACCGGUUAAUUAGACAUUUAUGAAUAAUUAGGAUAGCAAAGAAGAGAAAACAUUCAAAAGUUAAAGAAAGAAUUUUCUCAAUAAGAUAAAGAUAGUUUUAAGCUUUAAAAUAAAUCAGUUUCAUCAAAUCUAACUCAAUAAAAACCUUCUGCUCCAGCUUCUAUGGUCUAACUUGUGUAAAGUGCUUAAAAUUAAGUUAAAUAAAAAUUAUAAAAUUCUAGUUAAACUAACUUGGGUAAGUCUAGUACUUUUACUCCUUCAUCUAGCUUGUAAACUCUUUAAUCAUUAACUGAUAACCAGUCAAAUGAUUAAAAUUCUAAAAAAGGUUUGGGAUCUCUUCUAGGUGGCAACGAUGAUAAAGAAUAAUAAAAAUCAUUUUAUAAACCUCAAAAAAGUAAUUAGUAGGAAGAUGAUAUCUAUGAGCAGUUAAGGUAGUAGAGAAGAGAUAACUCAAAAAAUACUAUUAAAGAGCAAAAUCAUGAUAGUAAAAGUAGCUCAAAUAAUUUUACAAAUUAUAUUCGCAAGCCCUACAAUCCAGAUUCUGAUAAAAAUUCAUACUCUCCAUCAAGUUCCUUAUAAAACAUAUCUAAGCAAUCACUGAGCUAUUAAAAUAACAAUUUAAAGUACGACUAAAAGUAAAAUAAUUAAAAAUAAGAUUAAGGGGCAGCACCAAGCCAAAAUAAGCUUAAUUAUACUAGUGGCAGUGCUUUAUUGUUAAAUAGUAUAACUAAUUCUAAGCAAUAAGUACCUUCUACUUCUUAAAGUAAUUCCAAAACUAAGGGUGGAUUAGGAAGCUUAAUUUCAAAAUGA